AUGCCUCGCCGAAGCCGCCCGGUUGAGUAUGACGAUAUUGUACAUGACAUCGAUCAUGACAUUUACCCCAGCCGUGCGAAAGGUGGGCCAAUAAUUGACAGGGAAGCACCGUACAGUCAUCGCGCGCCUCCCGGACCAUACGUGGAGAUACUCGAGCGACGUCACGUCCGAGACCGUGCGCAGCCUGAGAUUCCUCGCGAUAGCUACGAGUAUCUCCACGAUGGCGACCGCGUCGCCGAGAAGUUUGAACGACUUGACCUUGAUCCAUACCCACGAGAAGAAAUUGUCGAGAGCUACAGGCGGAAGAAAGAUGACAUCAAAAGGGCUGCUGCUAAGUCUCGAGGGAGGCCACGAUCAAGGGGAAUGUCCGAGAUGGAGGACGCCUACUACUCUACUGAGGAGUCUGACGAGGAAUAUGAGAGCGAGUCGGACGAGAUAGUGGAGCCCGUCCGAAGGGAAAGGAAGCGGUCAAUAUCUCGACAUGAGUACGAGACUCGCAAAGAGCCCAUACCGCGCAGUAGACACCCGAAAGAAGAGAAGCGAGUGCACCGCUCAAUGUAUGAGGAAGAGGUCUACCCUAAAAGUGGCAGCUCGCGUGAGGACCAUAUGUCAUCGCACCGGAAGUCUGCGCGUUAUGAACCUCCUCCCCGUCCACGACAUCGGUCACACUACCAUGUUGACAUUGAUGACGUGGAAAGUGAUGAGAGCGACGAGAGUGAAGGUAUAACUGCCAGACGCGAAGCCCGGAUAAUGAUGCAGAAAGAACGCAUCAAGAACAAGCAGUAUGCGGCACGGAAUCGAGCUAUCUCGCCAUCUUCUCCCUCGUCGUUAUCUUCAUCUGCAGAUUUAUCUGAAUCUGAACUUCCGAAAGUACCCAUGCCAGUCCCCGUACCGCCACCGUUCUUCAAGGAGCCUGGCAAGAAACACAAAUCUCUCAACCACGCGAAUGAGUAUCGGCUGCCUAGUCCGCCUCGGGUCCCCAAUCUGCCUCAAGCACCUGUUCCACCUCGUGUACCAGACCUGGAGACCGUCCUCAGUGAACGCGAUGCUCGUCAAAGAUUGAGGAAGGGAAGAUCCUCCAGGGAAGAGAUCGAGAUUGAGCGGCGGAGUAAGGAGUCGUUGAUUCCAACUGCCCCUGAACCUCCUCGGCGAAGGAAAGAAGAAGCGGUGCCGAUGGUUGUAGAGGAGCCACGAAUCACAGGCCACAGGGACAUCUUCAUAGAGGAUGACCGCGCCGGCCCACACAGGGCCAUGCAACGCGAAGCCAUCGAAGAAGAGGAUUAUUACCGACGCCGAGAACCUAAAAUACCGGGCUCCUACAGCUCACCCUCGAGCGACACCAUGGAUGGAUGGGCCAUCGUCCAAGCCCCUCCUAAGAUGACCAAGAUGAAACAUACCGAGAAGGAGCUGGUCGACAUCCAUGAAGAGACAAGGCCACCCAAACAGAAACACCGUCGACCCAAGGUAGUUGAGAAAGAAGAAAGGGGGCUCGAGAUCAAUGAUACACCUCCUCGCGGCAAGGUCGCACGGCGUUAUGUCGGCGUCAAGGACCGGAAGGAACGCCUCUGGACGGAAAUUACCAAAGAUCUCGUUGUCAAGGAAGCCAUCGAGCGCGCAGGGUAUGAGUACGAGGAAAUGGACUCUUUCUACUACAUCUUUGCCAACCUUCAUCCUGACGAGGUAUCUGACCUGAUCGAAGAAUCUGACCAUAUUCGACGCGCGCGGCGCCGCCGUCUCCAAGAGAUUCAGCGCGAGCGCGCAGUACCCCCACCCUCAAGACGUGCCCCAGCCAAGCCAGCGGCUCCACCUCCGCCACCUGAGAGGGCGCCGUCGCCUCCCCGUUAUCAUCGCGAGGACCGUAGAUAUCGAGACGAUCGCAGACGACGAGAGCCGCAGCGGGAUGAAGAAAUCGAAGAGGCUCUGUAUCGAGCUCGCCCGCCUCGCUGGUAG